AUGGUGGAAGAGGAGAAUUAUGAGUAUUUACCUGCAUAUGAGUUUUACAGCAAACUUAAUGAAAAUGUAGCCGAAGAAGAUAAAGAAAAACCUAAUAAAUAUUGGGAGAGAAUAGAGCCAAUAUUUGAACCGUCCGAACAUGUUCGUGAUAUUGUAUAUAAAUUACAGAGGAAUGUAACAUUUUUAAAUGAAAAUCGUGAUGACGAUAAACUAUAUGGAAAACAUUGUUAUGAUUUGAAUUAUUGGCUAUACGAGCAAGUGUAUAAAAAUUUAAAUUUGAAUGAGAAUAACAUACAUUUUUUUAUAACAUUAGAUAUACUUUUAAAUAGCUGGGAAAAAAUUAAUGCUGAUCAAUUUAAUGGCGAAAAUGAUAUAUGUCAACCAGACAAUACAUUAGUAGACAUGAACUAUUUAAAAGAAAUUAAAUAUUUAGGUGAUUAUGUUGAAAAUUUUAAUACUAUCAAAUCUGCAGCUAUAGAAGAUACUAAUAAAGCCUGUAAUGUAUAUAUUGAUUAUUUAAGAUAUGCAAUUCCAGCUUAUUAUGAGUGGAACAAAUUAUGCACACUAGAAGAAGAAAAUCUAUGUAAUAAAUACAUUCACGAUUAUGAAAAAUACGACCCUAAAGGUGUAUUAUCUAAUUUAUCUGUCACUGGACUUGCAGUUGCACAGUUAUUUAAUAAAUGUUAUAAGAAUAUUGUAAAUAUAUUCUUAAGCACAAAUAACGGAUCUGAACGAACAACAAUAAAACUUAGGAAUGGAUUAGAAACAAUAUCUUAUGGAAUUACAGAAAAUCAAGGACGAUCAUUAUCUGAGGUUGAAAUUCCUAUUCAAGAACCAACUGAUACGUUUUCUCCUGUAACAUAUAUUCUUAAUUCAAUAUUUAGUACAAUUAGUGAGAUAUAUAUCAAUAAUUAUAAUGAUAUAAUAUUAUUAAUUGUAUUGUUUUCUGGAAUCCUAAUAACCUUUUUCGGAGUAUACAAAAUUACUAAAAUUGUAAAACCCACAUCCAAUGUAGAAAACAGGAGCCAAAACAUGCAGGAAGAAUUAUCCUUAUAA